CCAACUUUGAACGCAGAAUUGUCUUCUUUCUUCCUUCUCUUCCCCCCUCAUCAAUAAAGCAAUCGAUUGACAGUAUCAACCCAUUUCAACUGUACUAUACCCUAUACUUCUUCAAUCGACUUGUCCUCUUUUCACUCAUCCAUCCAUCCCCUCCUCAUCCUAUUCCCCAUUUUCUGAUCUAUACUCUCUUUUUUUCCUUUACUUCAAGCAAUCCUUCACACACCCACACCGGAUACUCACCCAAAUACUCUCUAUACACUCUCCUCACAUCGAAUGCCCAGUGACACAAAAUUGCCCACUAAUGCUCGGGUACUCAUUGUAGGCGCCGGCAUUGGUGGGAUCACAUUAGCAGCAUUACUUGAAAGAGCAGGGAUAGAGUAUAGGAUUUUCGAGCGUGCUAAAGAAAUUAAACCUCUUGGAUCUGCCCUUAGCAUCGGCUCCAAUGUAAUGCCGAUCUUUGAGCAACUCGGUGUUCUGGAUGAAGUUCUCAGGAACGGAAAGCCGUUUGGAUUCACAACAGGUUACAACGAACAGCGAGAGGCAACUAGGAUUUUGGACUAUAGCCCCGCCGAAAAAAUUGGUGGUUUCCUACCCCACAUCAUUUCACGACCGAUUCUUUACGGAAUACUGUUGAAAUUGGUGCCUGCAGAAAAGAUAAGCUUGUCCAAAAAAAUUCUCUCGUUGCUUCAAAACAAAGACGGAGUCCUCAUUCGUUGUAGCGACAAUACAUCGUACCAGGGUGAGAUUCUGAUAGGUGCUGAUGGAGCCUAUUCUGCUGUUCGACAAGCAUUGUAUAAGGACCUGACAAAGAAGGGAGAGCUUCCAAAAUCAGACGGUCUACCAUUACCAUUCAACAGCACCUGUCUAGUCGGUCAAACCCGACCUUUGGAUCCAGAACAAUACCCACAUCUUAAGGAUUGGCAUACCUGGUUUGAAACAACCAUUGGUGAAGGCAAACCCUACGUAUGGGUUACUUUCACAACUAAAGUCAACACGAUAUGCUGGAUGGUCUUGAGGCAUCUAGAUGAUCAAGUCUCUCGUGAACUCGAUAGCUCAUUCCGUAACACCGAGUGGGGACCUGAGGCUGCCGAAGCGAUGUGUAAAGAAGUACGGGAUUUCCCUAUACCUAAAGGUACAAUGACCAUUGGGGAUCUGAUCGAUGCCACACCUCCAGAAUUGAUCUCAAAGGUUAUGCUUGAGGAAAAGAUCUUUGACACUUGGUACGCCGGCCGAACAUGCCUUCUUGGCGAUGCUUGCCACAAGUUGUAUCCAACUGCUGGUCUAGGCGCUGUAAGUGCAAUCCACGACGCCAUUGUUUUGACGAACUGUUUAUACGAGUUGCCUAAUGAUCCAUCCAUUGAAGAGUUACAAAAAGCUUUUCAAUAUUACAAAAGUGAGCGCUAUCCUCUUGCUAAAGCUGCAUAUGAUACAAGUCAUCGACUUGCAAGCAUCAUAGGCCAGCAUUGGUACAAUGACAUGAUUCGAGCUAUGAUGAGAUAUAUGCCCAAAAGUGUAUUCACACGAGCGCUCCAUGUCAUGUACGCCUAUCGUCCUCAAGCAACAUUCUUACCUCUUGUGCAAGACCGAGGGCAAUGUAAGCCAGCACUACAACCAAGUUUAAAACGAGCGGAAGAGCGUAGAGCUGCAGAAAUUAAAGCCAAGGGGGGUGCAGGUAGUCUUGGAUCUGGACUUUAUAAAGUUGAUGCAGCUUCAACUAUUUCUGUGAACCAUUCAGCUUCUGCAUCAGGCAUAUCAACUACAAGGACAUAUGAAAGCGCGAAUACAAAAUAAAGCAAACCAUGUUUUUUUGGUAUUUGAGG